ACCACUGUGUUUCAAGUCGCUGUGCUUUUAUUUUCACGCAGAGUAACUUGGGACUUUACAGCAGACCAUGUUCAUGAUGAAGAUCUCCGCUGUCCUUGCUGUCUCUGUCCUCACUGUCUGUCACCUGUACAGCUCACAUGCAGCACCACUCAGACCUGUAUUAGACUUUCUGUCAGACCCUGUGGUUCUGAGUGAUUAUGAAGCUCGCAGGUUACUGAACGCCAUCGUUAGAGAGUUUGUGCAGAUGGCAGUGGAGGAAUCGGACCAGAGGACUGACAGCAACAGCGAGGGCAGAGUGCUGGCGAAACGCUGCUCCAGCCUCAGCACCUGUGUCCUCGGAAAACUUUCACAAGAGCUACACAAAUUACAGACGUUCCCGCGGACUGAUGUUGGCGCGGGCACGCCUGGCAAGAAACGCAGCGCCAACUACGAGGAAAUGCUUGAUCUCGCCUAAACCCCUGCACCCUCAUUUAAUCCUCCCCCUUCCUUCCUUCUGACCUUUAACCCUCUGAGUCCUGUUGCAUGUGGAUUUCCUGCCUGAUCGACUGAUC